UGCGUUCCCACGGGGCAAAAAUACGAAAUCGUGCCACUCUUUCGUACUCACUGUCUUGGCUCACGACUGGAGUAGGGAUAGGCAGCGAACCAGCUGAGUGUCGUGGACAGUUCACACACAGUCACAUUCACGAUUCAGUUUUCCUUGCGAAGCCGACCGCGAUGAACGAGCUCCUAGUUGAAAGUUGUGCAGUUUUGUGUUCAACCUUCAGUGCUAUUUUAGGUGAGAGAUUAAAGUUACAUGGACAGAUAAGAAAACGGAAGAAAAGGCGUUAUUGGGUGAGGAAGUGGAUACUGAAAAGAAGUUCGGAGGUUCAAAAUUUGGUUGACCACGAGCUAAGGAGUAAUCACCAUGAAGAUUUUAAAAACUUGUUACGAAUGUCUGAAGAACAGUUUGAUUAUCUCCUGGAACGAGUAACUAAACAUAUUUUAAAAUCAGACACCAACAUGAGGCAAGCUCUGAGUCCUAAAAUAAAACUCCAAGUUACGCUCCGCUACUUAGCUACUGGGGACUCUUUCAAAAGUUUGGAAUAUUUGUUUCGUGUACCAAAAAAUACAAUAAGCAAAUUUAUACCAGAAACAUGC